AUGGUUCAAGGUGCUUCUGAGAUCGCUGCUGUGUGCGUCGGCCUGAUCGGGCUGUUCGGUGCGGCCGCGACUACAGGACUGCCCAUGUGGAAGGUGACGGCUUUCAUUGGGGAGAACAUAAUUGUGAUGGAAACCCGCUGGGAGGGUUUGUGGAUGAACUGCUUCCGACAAGCCAACUUCAGGAUGCAGUGUAAGGUAUACGACUCCCUGCUGUUUCUACCCCCUGAGCUACAGGCUGCCCGGGGUUUGAUGUGCUGCUCCGUGGCCCUGUCAGGACUGGGGCUUCUUGUUGCUAUGGCAGGGAUGCGAUGCACCUCCUGUUUUCAGGGGAAUGACUGGGCUAAGACCGUUAUCCUGAUGGUUGCAGGGGCUAUGCAACUCAUGGCCUGCAUCUGUGUCUUUAUCCCAGUGUCAUGGACGGGUCACGUUAUCAUUAGGGAUUUUUACAAUCCUUUGCUGAUUGAUGCUCAGAGGAGGGAGCUCGGAGAGGCUCUGUACAUUGGUUGGGUGACUGGCGCCUUCCUUUUCGCGUCGGGGUUGUUGUUUGUCUGUCGCCGUAUGCCCAGAGACAAAGGUUCGUUUGACGUGUACCACCCAGCGCACUUACUCGGUUACAAGCCAACGCCCAGCAAACCAACUCUGAUGAGGUAUCAUCCCAUUUCCAGUAUUUCCAGCCUCGGGGCGACUUCAUAUCACAACUCUCUGCAGAACAAUGGCUCUGUUGGACAACAAAUUGCUGUGCCACUGCAAAACGUCCCUCACGUGAUGGCAAAUGAUGGAGCACUAAUGCCUGUUGCUUAUAGCCCAGUUCCUCCUGAAAAUGCGUCAUUACUAUAUCAAGGUGGCAUGUCUCAUCGUCCCUCAAUGCAGAGUUCUAAUCAUGGUGGAAGCCUGUACACUCCUGGGACCUCCUUGUACAUAAGCCAGAACUCAACACCAUAUACAAUGACUUAUACUGGCAACCCCACUGCGUCCUACCAGUCCAGCUUUCACCCGGUUCCACACACUCCUGUUUUCGUAAGCUAUAAAGCAUCGAAAAUGGAACCAGGGCCUCACGGUGGGAGCAGAGCUGGUGUGUAUAUAUAAAGAAUAAUCUUUUUGUAGCUGAUCAGACUUUACAAACCCAAAGGAUUAUGCAUUUUUACUCAAUCACCACAAGCUAACUGAGAAGAUGAGUUUCAUUUCUGUUCAAAAGAAAUAAUAUGUUGAACUUUUGUCUUACUAGUAAUGUAUUUUUUAUCAUUUGUAUUGUGCAAAAAAUGUAUAGAUUAUAUGAUCAGGCUGAACAUGGCUACUGUUGUUAGUGUAAAUAAAAGGUGAUACUGCUAGGAGUUAGCAGAUACGAGCCCUGCUAGGAGUUUACUUUCCCAAAAUGAAGAUUCAUGGGAGAGCAUUUGUAUGGAACGUCACAGCCAUAUGUUUUGCAUCUUUAUAACCAUCUGUUCAAUAAUUUCUAAAUUUGUUAUAGUUAUCAUUCUAUGUGCUCCAGCGUGCUUUGUCUUACGAUUCUUUUCACUAAUAAACUGUCUCGCCACCACUCGAAUAUAAUCACAUAACUUAUUUCUCCUUUUGCUCGUCAUUUGUUAUAGUUUGCAUUAGCGGUGAUCAUUAAAGAAAAUAUUUGGGGAACUAAUUGCGUAGUAUCUGGCGGUGGAAUUUUGUAGGAUAAAGUAGGUCAUUCAGCAACUUUGGGUCUGAACGCAAUUGUUAUGUUUUCCACAGGGGCAGUAGUUCUCUAAAAAUAA